GCAAUAAUAGAUUGACUUCAGCAACACAUCAUUAGUCUUCGCCUUUUUAGAUACAAAGAAGAACCAAAUUUCUCUAAGACAAAACGCUAAUUUACAGAAAUUGUUCGAAGUUACCCUCCUUACAUCCAGUACAGUAAAAUUUGUGUGACGAACAGGUUGGAAAACAAAAACUGUUCAGCUCUCUGUAAAUACAUUUGGCCAAAGGAAUUUUUUGUGAUUUAAACAUGGAUAAUGAUGGUCUCGACGGCCUGUCACAGAACCAAACAGAAAAAGUGUUACAAUUCCAGGAUUUGAUUGGUAUUGAUGACAUUAUAGCGUGUCGUGAAAUAUUGAAUCGACAUCAAUGGGAUCUCGAAGUGGCAAUACAAGAGCAGCUAAAUUUGCGAGAGGGACGACCGUCAAUUUAUGCAUCGUCAAUAGAUAAUAGAGAACCACAAGUAAUUAACGAUCGUUAUUUACAACGAGUGUUUGUUAACAAUCGUGCACCAGUACCACCGCACGGAUUCACUGGCUUCAUAGGUUUUUUCUUUAAUUAUGUAUUUAGCUUUUGCUAUAAUACAUUAUCGUCGAUUUUGUCAGUACUACGUGAUUUAGUUGUACGCGGAAAUGAUCGAACAGUUGUUACAGAUCCAUUAGCAGACGUAUUAAAUUUUAUUCGAGACUAUAAUGAAAAAUAUCCAAACCAUCCAGUGUUUUAUCAAGGAACCUAUUCGCAGGUGUUGAACGAUGCAAAACACGAAUUGAAAUUUUUGGCCGUUUACUUACAUUCCGAAAGUAGCUCCGAAACGGCUAAUUUCUGCCGUAAUACUCUGGCAGAUCCAGAGGUACUUGAAUUCAUUAACACCAAUGGCAUGCUAUUUUGGGCAUGCGACAUCUCAACCCCAGAAGGUUAUCGGGUAUCACAUUCGAUUAGUGUACGAUCGUGUCCAGCUGUUACUAUUAUUGGUGUGCGAGAGCAUAAAAUGGUCAUCAUGGGACGUAUGGAAGGCCAUUGCUCAGCAACCGAAUUUGUUAGACGACUUCAAUCUGUUGUGAAUGAUAACAAAAUUUGGAUGACACAGGAACGGAAUGAACGUUUCGAAAGAAAAUUCGUGCAAGAUCUCAGACAACAGCAAGAUGAAGCUUACGAAUUGUCACUCCGAGCUGAUCAAGAAAAAGAACGUUUAAAACAAUUGGAAAAGGAACGAUUGUUGCAGCAACAAUUGCAAGAAGAAGCUGAACGUUUGGAAAAACAACGUCAGAAAGAGGACAUCGCUCGACAAAAGAUUGACCGAGCAUUAGAAGUGCCAGCUGAACCGGAUUCAAAUGAUUCUGACGCCAUAUUGUUGUUAUUCAUUUUACCAAAUGGAACACGACUUGAACGACGAUUCCGUCGCUCCGAUAUGUUAAAAGAUUUGCAUACAUAUGUCUUUUGUCAUCCGCAGUCACCGGAUCAGUUUGCGAUAGCGACCAACUUCCCCAAACGAACACUUGAAACCGAAUCAUCUGAGGUUCAAAUCAAUACGGCUGGCAUUAACAACCGUGAAGUCCUUUACGUGUAUGAUUUGGACGCAUAAAAAAUGACAAAAAUCAAGUGGCCUACGUAAUAUACAUCUCAAACAUGCACGAAUCGUAUAAAUUUGGACACAAAGUGAUUGCCCCGAUUUAAAUCCACCUCACUUUAUAAAUGGCUUUUUUGCUUUCCCUAUUGAAUUAAUUUAAUUUACUUGUCAUUCACCGCUAUUAGUUUUUGGGCAAAAUACGACGUAUCACUUUGUGUCCAAAGUUUCAUCACCAAAACAAAAAAAAAAAACGAAAGUUCACCACAUAAA